AUGUGUGAUCAUCAUUUAUUUAUUAUUACAGUACCAAAUGAUUGGCCAACUACUAUUAAUCAUAAUGAUAAUGAAUUAAACAAGAAUAAUUUUUUAAACGAAAUAAUCGAUAGUGAAACGCCAUUAAUAGAUAGUGCUAUGCCUGAAUUCGCUGAUUCGAUAUCACCCUUUCUAUGCCAGCUUCUAAAAGAUGCUAUUCUUGAUAAAUAUGAUUUAAAUGAAGCGUCAACAUGGGUUCUUUCUGCUGAUCAAAAACAAUAUGAAGUUACAUUUGUUUCACAAAUCGGUACAUUUUGCGAGGAACUUCUUCAUCGUUUAUCUGAAAUAGGCAUAGGUCGAUUAGCUGGUACUCGAGUAGCUGUUUUACCUCUUACCUAUGCGAUUGGUUCUUCAACUUUGACAUCCUACAAAAUUCCAAAAAUCCCUAAAACAUCAUUAAAAUCAGAUCUGAGUUAUAUUUCGAAACCUUCUAAAACUCAAGCUAAAAUAGUAGGGCCUGAUUCACUUCCGUCUAAUGGAUUUCAACGACGUAAAUCUAUUCGCGCUGAUUUUAUGCAAAGUAUUCGAUCGCGUCUGAUGGUUUUUCAAGUUGUUCAAGCUAUUCGAUCACAAUCAUCAAUUACAUUUGACUUUGUUGUACUUGUCAUUCUUGCCAGUAUUUUAGCUAUUCUUGGUUUACUUGAAAAUAGUUCUGUUAUACUUGUUGCUUCAAUGCUUAUUUCCCCAUUAAUGGGUCCUAUUUUAGCUAUUGUCUUUGGACUUUGUAUUCAUGAUCGUUCAUUAUUAAAAACCGGACUUCGAUCAGAAUUUCUCGGUCUGUUUAUUUGUGUUUCAUGUGGCUUUUUAAUGAGUCUCGGAACAUCGACAUGGGAAACUGGCUGGGGCAGUACAACAUCGUUUCCUACAGCUGAAAUGACAGCACGUGGUGAUCUAACUCGUUUAUCCGUUGGUAGUAUGAUUGCAUUACCAUCAGGAGCUGGUGUUGCAUUAUCGGUUCUCGGAGGAAAUGCUGGUUCAUUAGUUGGUGUAGCUAUAUCAGCCUCAUUACUUCCACCAGCUGUUAAUUCAGGGUUGCUGUUAGGUUAUUCAUUAUUAACUGCUGUUUUUCCGAAUACAUUUGGUCGUCAUUCCAAUGAAACCUAUAAUAUCUCACGUAAAAUUUAUCCAUACCACAAUAUGACGUGUCAAGCAUUUGCAUUGAAUGACUAUCGUUCAUUAUAUUCGUGCAAUAUGUCAAUAGAAACAUUUAUUUUGGCUAUUUCAAGUUUUCUUCUUGCACUUGUGAAUAUCCUUUGUAUAGUUCUAUGCGGUUUAAUUGUCUUACGAAUAAAAGAAGUUGCACCGAGUAAUACGAAAAAUGAAAAACAAAUAUCGAAAACCGAACAAUUUUUUCAUAAUGAUAUACGUCGAUUUCGUGAUUAUCAAAAAACUCUGCACAAUGCACAAGACUUAAAUGAUGAUAAUAAAUCUGGACGUACAUCAAUAUUUGAUAAUGACGAUAGUACACAACGAGAAAUGCAUCAACAAUUACUUGCACUUGCUGAACUACAUGAUUUAGAUAUGACCAAUGAAAAUGAUUUAACAUUAAAUAAUUUUCGAGCACGUGAUAAAGUCAAACGACUCUAUAAAACAGUGAGACAAUUAGAUGAAGACGCCAAACGUCUUGAUAUUGCAAUCAAAGAUAAACGAUCAUUAUCCGCUUUAAUGAUGGAUGUCUUACCACCGAAAUGGACAGAGCUUUUUCAACAUCAACAAGAACAAGCCAUUGUUGAACAACACGAUCCUAAUGAGAAUACUCAAUCGCAUAGGUCAUUCCAUCGACAUAGUCCAGAAUAUUAUAAAACCUAUCAAACACGUCUAAUCGAUGAUCGGGAUCAUUCUGUUUUACCAGACAAUCAUCGUAAACAUCGUAAACAUUUAUAUUCAUCAGAUCCUUGUAUUAUGAGAUCACUAUCGGCGUGCGAACAAGAAAGUGAAACACAACUACUUGGUACACGUUUUCGUCUGACGAAAGCAACUAUUCCUUUAGAUGAUGACGAACAAGCCCAUAAAUCAAAAAUUCAAGAUGAUUAUGUUUAA